ACCGACGCACUCCUCUUGAGAAAUCCAGCAGAGAGGCUUGAAAUUUCUCUUUCUUUCUUGCUCAACCACAAGAUUUGGGGCUUAGAAUCUUCCCUCUCAACCCAGAAAUCCUGGAUCUGCUCUGCUUCUUCCUCCCUUGUCCGUCGGGUUCUGCUGGGUGUGGAUCCUUCGGCUUUUCUGCCCGUGAGCUCUCCCUGCAGCUUGCCGUCGGCUCCUUCUCCCUCUGCUAGCUCCGGUUCUUGCUGGAAAAUUCUGGUAUGAUGGCCACUUCUUUAAGCCUUAAAUUACCCAUUUAAUUGUUGGGUUUUGUCCAUUAAGUGUUGCCCUGUGCUUGGCCGAAUUUUGCUGAAAUGGGGGAGGAAUUCCAGUAGUAUUUUAAAUGUGUUUUGUGCUUGGUUUAUGUAGAAUUAGCUUAAUUAGGCUGUUGUGAUUGUUUGGAGAGAAAAUCCCGUGAGUUAGCUAGUGUUUUGGCUAAUGUUUGGAAGUGGCAGUAUUGUUCACGUCGUGAGCACUGUUCACGGGUACUGUUCAUAGGCACUGUUCACACACCGAGGGUCAAUAAUUAGCAGGGAUUUAAAUGAUUAGUUUGUGAUAUAAGAAUGAAUUUGGAGAUAUUUGAUCAUGUGGAGAUUGAUAGGAAUAGCAUCGGGAUUGGGAGUUCCCGAUCAUUCUGUCAAUUAGCACUGAGAUCGAGUGCUCGGUUUUAUGCUAGUGAGGUAAGUAAAUUAUGGUAAAGUCCUUCGAUUUUAAAGCAUGUUUUAAACUGUUUUUGAGAUGGUGGCAAGGUUUAAAUUGAUUUUAAAUUGAUUUUAUCAGCAUCUGUGUGCUUAAACUGAAAUGAGAAUUUGGAUGAUUUUCAUGAGAAUUUCCUUGUUUUUCUGAAAUUGAGCAUGAUUGGAAUGAAAAUGAGGAUUUUAUUGGUUUACUGGAAAUAAGCAUGAUUGAGAAAUGAAAAUGAGAAUUUCAUUGUUUUUCUGGAGUUGAGCAUGCCUAUUUGGGAAUUGGCUGAACUGCUUUGAUGAACUGAGAAUUCUGUAAAUGUUGAGUUUUCUGUUAAAUCCAUGCCUGCAUGGAACUUUUCCGGUUUGUUCUGAAAUUCGGGAUUGAUUGUGAAAUUCGGGUUUUUCUGUAAAUCCUGCAUGGUUUUGUCUCGGAUAUAGUAAUGAUUACUGACGCCCGCUAGUGGGAGCUGUAAAUGCUAGCACAUGUCGACAUGUAUUUCUGUAGAACCGGUUCACCCUGCCAAUGGGGUUAAACAUUGGGCAUUACUGACGCCUGCCAGUGGGAGUUGUAAACACUGGUACUAUUACUGACGCCUGCCAGUGGGAGUUUGUAAACACUGGUACUAUUACUGACGCCUGCCAGUGGGAGUUUGUAAACACUGGUACUUCUGAAACCUUACCAAUGAGGUUAAACAUUGGUAAUAUUACUGACGCCUGCCAGUGGGAGUUUGUAAACGCUGGUACUAUUACUGACGCCUGCCAGUAGGAGUUUGUAAACACUAGUACCAUUACUGACGCCUACCAGUGGGAGUGUGUUAAACACUGGUCAUGACUUAUAGAUGAGACUACUAAACUGAGUUUUAUUCUGCAUGAACGGUUUGUCAUGAAUGCUUUGCAAUUGAACUGAAUCUGAUUUUGUCACUGAGCGUUUUGGUUAUAUUAAACUGUUUAUCUGGUA